CCCGGAACCGGAAGCCGUCCUGAGGCGUGCGCUGGGUUUCCGGUCGCGAGCCGCCCUGGGCUCCAUGUGGGAACUGCUGUGAGGGGUUUGCGAUCCGAGUGCUGCCAAAAUCGAGCUCCCGGAUCCCGCCAGCGGGAGAGAUGACGUCCUUAGCCCAGCAGCUCCAGCGCCUCGCCCUCCCGCAGAGCGACCCCAGCCUCCUGUCCAGGGAUGAAGUUGCCUCUUUGUUGUUUGACCCCAAGGAAGCGGCCACCAUCGACCGGGACACCGCCUUUGCCAUCGGGUGCACCGGCCUGGAGGAGCUGCUCGGCAUCGAUCCCGCCUUCGAGCAGUUCGAAGCCCCCUUGUUCAGCCAGCUCGCCAAGACCUUGGCGCGCAGCGUGCAGACCAAAGCCGUGAACAAGCAGCUGGAUGAGAACAUUUCGUUGUUCCUCAUUCACUUGUCCCCCUACUUCCUGCUGAAGCCAGCACACAAGUGUCUGGAGUGGCUGAUUCACAGGUUCCACAUCCAUCUGUAUAAUCAAGAUAGCCUCAUAGCUUGUGUUCUCCCGUACCAUGAGACAAGAAUAUUUGUGCGGGUUAUACAGCUCCUAAAAAUUAAUAAUCCAAAGCACAAAUGGUUCUGGUUGUUGCCAGUUAAGCAAUCUGGAGUGCCCUUAGCUAAAGGAACUUUGAUUACCCACUGCUACAAAGAUCUUGGAUUCAUGGAUUUCAUUUGCAGUUUGGUAACAAAAUCUGUGAAGGUUUUUGCUGAGUAUCCUGGGAGUUCGGCUCAGUUGAGGGUUCUCUUAACUUUUUAUGCUUCUACCAUCGUGUCUGCCUUGGUGACUGCUGAGAACAUAUCGGACAAUAUAGUUGCUAAGCUAUUUCCAUAUGUCCAAAAGGGAUUGAAAUCAUCUUUACCAGAUUACAGAGCUGCAACAUAUAUGAUAAUAUGUCAGAUUGCUGUGAAAGUGACCAUGGAAGAUACCGUCGUCAAUUCAUUGGCCUCACAGAUCAUCAAAACAUUAACGAAAACCCCCUCUUUGAUCAAGGAGGGACUGGGUUGCCUGAUAGUGCUGCUGCAGAGGCAGAAGCCAGAGAGUCUGGGGAAAAAGCCAUUUCCUCACUUGUGCAAUGUUCCUGAUCUUAUUACAAUACUGCAUGGGAUUUCUGAAACAUACGACAUCAGUCCUCUUCUGCGGUACAUGCUUCCGCAUCUGGUCGUCUCCAUCAUUAAUCACGUGACAGGAGAAGAAACUGAAGGGAUGGAUGGUCAAAUCUACAGGAAACACUUGGAAGCUAUACUUACACACAUAUCACUGAAGAACAACUUAGACCAUUUGUUGGCUAGCCUUCUUUUUGAAGAGUAUAUUUCAUAUAAUUCACAGGAAGAAAUCGAUCCUAAUAAAGCAUCUUUGCUUAAUGAACAGUUUCUUCCACUUAUCAGACUUUUAGAAAGCAAAUAUCCUAGAACGUUAGAUGUUGUCUUAGAGGAACACCUAAAGCAAAUUACAGACCUGAAAAAACAAGAACUUUUUCACCAAUUUAUCUCUCUUUCUACAAGUGGAGGGAAGUACCAGUUUGUAGCAGAUUCCAAUACCUCCUUGAUGCUCAGUCUGAAUCACCCACUUGCCCCGGUGAGACUUCUGGCCGUUAAUCAUCUGAAAAAUAUCAUGAAAACGUCAAAGGAGAGUAUCGAUGAGUCUUUCAUAAAAGAAGCUAUUUUAACCCGAUUAGGUGAUGAUAGUAUAGACGUCGUUUUGUCGGCAAUAAGUGCUUUUGAGAUUUUCAAGAGCCACUUUAGUCCAGAAGUGACUGUUUCAAAUCUUCUGAAUCUCUUUCAAAGAGCAGAACUUUCAAAAAAUAGGGCAUGGUAUGAGGUCCUUGAGGUGGCAGCAGACAUACUGAUUAAAGAAGAGACACUGAGUGGAAACGAUGAGUUGGCAAACCAGGUGGUGGUGCAUCUGCUUCCAUUCAUGGUCAUUGACAGUGAUGACCUGGCGUCGGCCGAGACGAAGCUCGCUAUUUAUUUAUCCAAGUCAGGAAUUUGCUCUCUGCACCCUGUGCUAAGAGGCUGGAAAGCAGCUCUUGAAAAUGUGAUUAAAAGCACAAAAUCCGGCAAACUAAUUGGUAUAGCAAAUCAGAAGAUGAUUGAGUUGUUGGCUGACAAUAUAAAUUCAGGGGAUCCUUCUUCGGUGUUAAAGCUGGUGGAGGAUUUCAUCAGCAUUGGGGAAAAGGAGUCCUUUAGCCUGAAACAGAAAGUGACUUUUCACGUGAUCAUGGCCGUGCUUGUCUCUUGCUGUUCAUCUUCAAAAGGAACGCACUUUCCAUUUGCGAUAAGAGCCUUCAGUUUGCUGCAGAAAAAAAUAAAGAAGCUGGAAAGUGUCAUGACUGCAGUGGAAGUGCCCCCGGAAUGGCAUGCUGAGCUGGUGCUGGACAGAGGGGUGCCAGUGCAGCUGUGGGCACAUUACAUCCAGCAGGUCCGCACUGCCCAGAGGGUUGCCGUGGAGGACUCGGUGUUACUCCUGUUUUCGCUGAAAAACUUUAUUCAUGCCCUGAAGGCGCCUAAAUCCUUCCCUAAAGGUGGCGUGUGGUGGAACCCUGACCGCCUGGAGGAAGAUGGCCGAGACUACCUGCGCUUGCUCGUCGGGCUCUUCGAGAUCAUACUCAGUGGUGCCGACAGCACGCACUUCAGGGUGCUGAUGAAGCUGUUCAUGAAGGUACAUCUAGAAGAUGUUUCUCAGUUAUUCAAGUUCCUUUCUGUUGUAUGGACCUAUGGGUCUAGCCUUUCAAAUCCACUGAGCUGCCGCGUGAAGACAGCGCUACAGACUCAGGCCCUGUACAUGGGCUGUGCAGUGCUGGCCUCGCAAAAGCCCCAGAGCAAAGCCCAGCUGGCCUCCAUGUCUUCCCCAGUAGUGGCAUCUCUUCUCCUUAACCUGGGGAGCCCCAUAAAGGAAGUCCGGAGAGCGGCCGUUCACUGUCUGCAGGCCCUUGGGGGCGUGGCCUCCCAGUUCCACCUGGUGAUAGAGCACGUGACUCCCAAAGCAGAGGAGGUCACCUCAGAUGCCUCCUACGUCAUCCAGGAUUUGGCUACUUUAUUUGAGGAACUACAGAGAGAGAAAAAACUGAAAACUCAUCAGAAGUUGUCUGAAACUUUGAAAAACCUGCUUUACUGUGUAUCUAGUUGCCCAUCUUAUGUUGCAAAAGAUCUGCUGAAAGUGCUUCAGGGGGUCAACAGUGAGAUGGUGCUUGCUCAGCUGUUGCCUAUGGCUGAGCAACUGCUAGAAAAGAUCCACAAGGAGCCCUCGGCUGUCCUGAAAGACGAGGCCACUGUCUUGCAUCUCAUCUUGGGAAAAUAUAAUGAAUAUUCAGCUUCUCUGUUACAUAAGGACCCAAAGAGUUUAGAUAUAUUCAUAAAAGCUGUGCACACCACGGAGGAACUUUUUACGGGAACGCCAUCCGUUCAGAUUACAGCCCUCGAAAAGAUUACAAAGCCAUUUUUUGCUGCUAUAUCAGAUGAAAAAGUUCAGCAGAAGCUUUUGUGCACAUUGUUUGACUUACUGGUGAACUGUAAAAAUUCCCAUUGUGCUCAGACUGUUAGCAGUGUUUUUAAAGGGAUUUCCGUCAACGCUGAGCAAGUCAGAAUAGAACUGGAGCCACCAGAUAAAACCAAGUCCUUGGGCACAAUUCAGCAAACAAGAAGGCAGAAGAUGCAGCAGAAGAAAUCACAAGAUCUAGAAUCUGUUCAGGACGUUGGAGGUUCUUACUGGCAAAGAGUAACCCUCAUCCUGGAAUUACUGCAGCACAAAAAGAAGCUCAAAAACCCUCAGAUACUGAUCCCAACUCUCUUCAACCUGCUGUCGAGGUGCUUAGAGCCUUUGCCUCUGGAGCAGGGGAACAUGGAGUACACCAAACAGCUAAUUCUCAGCUGUUUGCUCAACAUCUGCCAAAAGCUCUCUCCAGACGGUGGCAAAAUACCAAAAGACAUUCUGGACGAGGAGAAGUUCAAUGUGGAGUUGAUCGUGCAGUGCAUCCGCGUCUCGGAGAUGCCUCAGACCCACCACCACGCCCUCCUACUUCUGGGGACUGUGGCCGGGAUAUUUCCUGAUAAAGUUCUGCACAAUAUUAUGUCUAUCUUUACAUUUAUGGGAGCCAACGUCAUGCGUCUAGAUGAUACUUACAGUUUUCAAGUUAUUAACAAGACAGUGAAAAUGGUUAUUCCGGCACUUAUUCAGUCUGACGGCGGAGACUCUGUGGAAGUCACGAGGAACGUGGAGGCGAUCGUGGUGAAGAUCAUGGGAGUGUUUGUGGAUGCGCUGCCACACGUCCCAGAGCACAGGCGCCUGCCGGUCCUGGUCCAGCUGGUCGACACCCUCGGCGCAGCACGAUUCCUCUGGGUCCUCCUCGUCCUGCUGUUCGAACAGUACAUCACAAAGACCGCGCUGGCGGCCGCCUGCGGGGAGAAGGAUGCUAUGCUGGAAGCAGACACUGAAUUUUGGAUCUCAGUCUGUUGUGAGUUUAGUGUCCAGGAGCAGAUACAAAGCUUGAUGAAUAUCCUCCAGUACUUGCUGAGGUUGCCGGAGGAAAAGGAAGAAACCGUUCCCAAAGCGGCAUCUCCUCCGAGCGCAGCCGCAGGGGAGAUGCUGCAGGUGUUCAAUGUGGACGCUCACACGGGCAAGCAGCUGCGGCACCUCAAGUUCCUGUCCGUGUCCUUCAUGGCCCAGCUCCUGGCUUCCAGCCACUUUAUCAGAAAGGUCGUUGAAAGCGGUGGUCCUCAGGCUUUAAAAGGCCUUGAACAAAGUUUGCUGGAGGCGGUCCUCGGCUACAUUAAUGCGGUUGCACAGUCGGUGGAGAAAAACGCAGACAAGCUAACUGGGAAGUUUUGGCGAGCGCUCCUCAGUAAAGCUUACGACAUGUUGGACAAGGUCAAUGCCUUGCUGCCCACGGAAACAUUCAUUCCCGUGAUUAGAGGGCUGCUGGGCAACCCCCUGCCGUCUGUCCGCCGGAAAGCGAUGGACCUUCUGAACAACAAGCUGCAGCAGAAAGCGUCCUGGAAGAAGAAAACCGUUUACCACUUCCUCAAACUGGUUCCAGUCCUUCUAGCCGUUGUGCAGCGUAGAAAAAAGGGGUCCGAAGAACAGGCGGUUAACAGACAGACAGCUCUGUACACCCUGAAGCUUCUAUGCAAGAAUUUCGGUGCGGAGAACCCAGAGCCUUUCAUCCCGGUGCUGAACACGGCGGUGAGACUGGUCGCUCCAGAGAAGAAGGACGAGAAGAACGUGGUGGGCAGUGCCCUGCUCCUGAUGCCCUCAUUGCUGACAACAAUGAAGAACACCAGCGAGCUGGUCUCCGGCGACGUCUACCUGCUUAGCGCCUUAGCGGCCCUGCAGAAGGUGGUUGAGACUCUCCCCCACUUCCUCAGCCCCUACCUGGAAGGCGUCCUGGCACAGGUGAUUCAUUUGGAGAAAAUCACGAGUGAAAUGGGUGCUGCCUCCCAGGCUAACGUCCGUCUCACGUCUCUGAAAAAGACACUGGCCACCACUCUGUCCCCCCGCGUCCUGCUGCCGGCCAUCAACAAAACGUACAAGCACACCCAGAAGGACUGGAGGAACCACAUGGGUCCGUUUAUGAGCAUCUUGCAAGAGCACAUCGGGGUCAUGAAGAAGGAAGAGCUCACCUCCCAUCAGUCUCAGCUCACCACGUUUUUCCUGGAGGCCCUGGACUUCCGAGCACAGCACCCUGAGAAUGAUCUGGAAGAAGUUGGAAAAACAGAAAGCCAUAUCAUCGACUGCCUGGUAGCUAUGGUUGUCAAACUUUCCGAAGUCACAUUCAGACCCCUGUUUUUCAAGCUGUUUGAUUGGGCCAAGACAGAGGACGCCCCAAAGGACAGACUGUUGACGUUUUACAACUUGGCAGAUUGCAUUGCCGCAAAACUGAAAGGGCUCUUUACUCUGUUCGCCGGCCACUUGGUGAAGCCUUUUGCCGACACCUUGAACCAGGUGAACAUCUCCAAAACAGAUGAAGCGUUUUUUGACUCUGAAAAUGACCCUGAAAAGUGCUGCUUGCUCUUACAGUUUAUCUUGAGCUGUUUACAUAAAAUCUUCCUUUUUGACACCCAGCACUUUCUAAGUAAAGAGAGAGCUGAAGCCUUGAUGAUGCCUCUGGUGGACCAGCUGGAGAACCGGCUGGGAGGAGAAGAGCGGUUCCAGGAGCGGGUGACGAGGCACCUGGUCCCCUGCAUCGCCCAGUUCUCGGUGGCCAUGGCCGACGACUCCCUCUGGAAGCCCCUCAACUACCAGGUCCUGCUGAAGACGAGAGACUCCUCGCCCAAGGUUCGAUUUGCGGCCCUCAUUACCGUUCUCGCACUGGCGGAGACGCUGAAGGAGAAUUACAUCGUCUUGCUGCCAGAGUCCAUUCCUUUCUUAGCUGAAUUGAUGGAAGAUGAGUGUGAAGAGGUGGAGCAUCAGUGCCAGCGGACAGUGCAGCAGCUGGAGGCCGUCCUGGGGGAGCCGCUGCAGAGCUACUUCUAACCGGAGAGGGGUUCGCACUCUGUUCAGAGUUCGGAUUUGUAUUUUAUAUUUUUAUCUGGGGUGUUUGGUGCCAUGUUCGUUUUGGUGCCUUCACACCAACGUGGACUUGACAAGAUUCCUCCCUGGUUUGUACUCCACCCAGCCCCUCCUGCCAUCUGUACAGAAUUGCAAAGAGUAAAUGACACGUGGUGGUUUGAUACAG